AUGAGUGUGUGGCUCGUGUCCGUUCCUAACGAGGGCACCAAUUCGUCCGAGACAACAUUUCUUUCACUCAAAGCAGAAACGGCUUCUUCUCGUCAUGACUAUGCUGACUGCAUCCGGGUCGAGCUGCCGUCAGAUCUUCUUGUUGGGACGUUAGACUCUCUUAUGGCACUAAGCGACGACUUAAAUCGCGUUGAUUUGGUCAUUGAGAGUGUCGUACGCAAGAUCGAGCGCCAAUUCCAUGAUCUAAACAAGGGAGAUCAGGUUCUUACAGUAGAUGGAGUGCCGGUGGAGCGCUAUUUGAGCUUCUUCUCAUGGGACGAAGCCAAGCACCCCCACCGUCGACCACUGCCUGAAAUUGUGAACAUUGUUCAAUCGUCGGUGGGCAAGAUUGAAGACGAACUAAAGCAAUUAGGUACGCUUUAUGCCGAGAAAAAACAACAACUUAUUGGUCUGCAGCGCAAGAAAGGAGGCAACUUGAUGGUGGCAAACCUGAGCGACGUGCUGACGCCUGACGUCGUAUCCAAAUCGGACUUUGUCAACACCGAGUAUCUGCAGACGUUGGUGGUGGUCGUGCCCAAGGUUUUGGAGGAGCAGUGGCUACUGGAAUAUGCGCAGAUUGGUGACCAGAUUGCAGAGUAUGGCCCCAAGGGCUCUCGUGGAAAUGUGCGUGGGCCUCCAGUAGUGCCUGGCUCUUCGCGCAAACUGAUGGAAGAAGGCGACUCUGCAUUAUACACAGUGACAUUGCUGAAGGGCCAAUAUCAAUCGGGGUUUCUGGACAGGGAAGGUAACUUCGAGCCUGGAACCAUUGUGGAUUACAUUGAGGACUUUAAAACGCGCGCGAAGGAGAAGCGCUUUGUUGUUCGGGAGUUCAAUUUUGACCCUACAAGCCAUGCGUCAAACGAAGAAGCUAUGGCGGAGUUGGAAGUGGAGGUGGAUCGGCUAUGGUCUGCGCUCAUCCGUUGGUGCAAGGCGCACUUUGGAGAAACGUUUAUUGCGUGGAUGCAUAUUAAGAUCAUUCGCGUCUUCGUAGAAUCCGUACUUCGCUACGGCCUUCCCGUGAAUUUUGUCGUUGUCAUGUUCAAGCCUCACGUAGGUAAGGACAAAAAGCUGCGUUCAGUGCUCUCAAAGAGGUACGCGCAUUUACAGCCGGCGCAGUUUUCUGGUCUUGAAGAAGGCGCUUCAAGCUCAUCACAGGUUGAGUACUUUCCGUACGUGACGAAUUCCUUCCAUCCACUUAGCAACACUUAA